UAAAAGCUCUGGGGAAGCGUCAAGACUAAGCUUCUCUAUGCCGGAGUGCCGGACUCCUCUCUCUAUAUAACCCCCGCCAGUGUACUCAGAAAACCCCAGCCGUUCUCAUUGUCUCUGAAAUGGGAUCAUUGGGAUGCAUAGAUAAAGACGCGACAUCGUUCACACUACCACCAGGCUGCAGGUUCUACCCUUCCGAGGAACAAAUCCUCUGCUACUACCUCCCGGAGAAGAAUGGCGGCGAUCAUCGCGAUGGCAUUAACGUAAUCAAGGAGAUCAACCUGUACAAUUUUGACCCUUUCAAUUUACCCGACGCUUCCUGCUAUCGGUUCGGCCGCGGUGGGAGGCGACGGCACUGGUUUUGCUUCGUCGCUAGGAAAUUAAAGGAUAGAAGAUCCAGGAGGGCAGGAGGCGGGUAUUGGAGAAGGAAAGGGAGGAUUAGGGUUGUCUACGAGAAAGGUGCUGGGAAAGUUGUGAUUGGAAUGCGUAAUUGUUUCGCUUUCUAUUUGGGGGAAUCUCUUAAGACUGCUAUGAGGACUGACUGGUUUAUGUAUGAGUACGCACUGCCCAAUGCGGCUGCGUUCGUCUUGUGCCGAAUUUUUGUUAAAUCACCUCGUGGAAAUAUUGGGUCAGAAAAUGUGUUAAGUUCAUGUGCUGAAGAAAGUGUUGCAACAGUUCGUCACAUUGGUAUUCAGUUUAAUGGAGUCACAAAAUCCGCUACUGAAGAAGAAGUGCAGGAUGAGAAAAAAGACAUUUUGAAUUUCCCAGUGGAAAGUGUCAGCAAAUUAGAGAUUCCUGUUAGUGAACCUCAUGGGGACUGGACGAUAUCAACUGCUCAUUUUAAUGCUGGUGCUACACUCUUUGAAGCAGUGUCUUCUGAGGAAAUAUUAGGCCUUCUGGAAGGAGAUUAUAUUGAGCUGAAUGACCUUCUUUGCCCGCUUCUUGGUUUUGACUGAUUUCAUUUUAAUGUCAAUUAUUAUAUCAAUACAAGGACUUAAGAGGCACAAUUGGGUUCCAGGAUAUUUCCAAUUCAAAGAAAAUGGUAUGGAUUAUCGCUAAUUAGUGAUGAAAAAAGCAACUCAACUGCAAGACAACGGGGGCUUCUUCACUUAUAGUGAUCCAGCUAUCUGAAAGAGUGGACCAUUUCCAGUGAUACAUACCGUUAUGUACCUCAUACAUUUAAGUAUGUGUUUAUAAGAUAUAUUGGUGGUUGAAAGCCUGGAGAUAUGAAAUGUUGUCUGUCCUUUGGUGACAAGUGUGCCUUGGCACAAAUCGUCUGGCUUACAAGGUACUUGCUGUAUUUAAUUUUGAUCAGUGCCGAUUAAAAAGAGAUUUGCAUUAUGGAUUUAUGUGGCCUUGCUGAUUUUUAAUUAUGUCAUUUAUAGGGAUGCGUUUGGGGGUUAACACGGUAUGUGUCAUGAUUAUUGAAUUAAUUUCACUUUUGGUCCUACGAGUUUCAUGUUAAUUCCACAUUUAGUUCACAUCUUUCACUUUGUCCACUUUUGGUACUUGACUAGUGUUUUUUGACUAUUUGUGGUCCUUCUCCAUUGAUUUUAAUCACCGGAAACAUUGUCUGAAGAACCAUAUAUGGUUGAAAACACAAUAGUCAUGUAUCAAAAGUUGACAAAGUGAAAGACGUGGACUAAAUGUGAAAUUGACAUCAAACUCGUAGGACUAAAAAUGGAAUUUAUUCCAUGAUUAUUUAUGUAAAAAGUCAAAGUAUGUUCUACAUGCCAAGCCAUUUUGGCCAUUCUCCUGAAGGUGGAAUGAAACUGCUCCGUGAUCUAUCAUCCUCAAUGUUGAAAACUCUAUCCUCUCUUAUCUGAGUUUUUUGCAGACAUCUUUUUCUUUUAAUAUAAUUUAAUUAAACAUCAAACUUGGUCGUUUGAACUUUGAAGGAGAUGAAACUCAUACAAAUGUACUGCUUAUGAAAUCAAUCUUCCGUGAACCAGCUCAUAAUUGCAGCAUUUGAUGGUACUUGAAUGUACUUCUCUAUGUUUGAAUUUCAAAAUACAUCUAACAGAUUCAUUCUUUUUUGAAUGUAUAACUUUGUUCAGUGCUACUCCUUGGUUUCCUUUAAAGGUUUGCACAUUUGUUAUUGUGGCUGAUGUAAGGCAGAUUCUGUUUGCAUUGUAGCCGUAGAGGACAUAUAUUGAGAAUGUGGUUCAAAAGCCGUAGCUGUAUACUUGCUGUUUGCAUUUUGUAUACGGAACUAAGGUGGUGUUUGUGAUGGCUCAUAAUUUUUAAAAGCGAUUUAUUAAGAGAUUUUUGAAAAAGUUAUUAAUAGUAAAAUCAUGUGGUGUUUGCGGAUAGAAUUGAUUUAAAUUAAAAUGUAAAAGUUGAAGUGUUUAAUAAAAAAAUGAUUUAUAUGUAAUAUAUUAUCAAAAUACAAAAUACCCUUGUACAAAUUAAAUAAUGAAUCUAAAUUGAAGAGUGAGAGCUACUCAGCCGUCUUUUUGGCCUCUCCAUAAGUCCAUAGAUUUACCAUAGAUAUACGUAUUGACAGGGAUGGAUCUACUAUAGGGGGAGGUAGUGGGGGCAGCUGCCCCCUCUCAAUCCAUACUCAUCCGGUCAUCCCCUAUACAUAUUAAAAUUUUUGUAUAUAUACAUAUAUGCGAUUAAUGUCGUUAUAUGUUCAAUGGAUAUAACCAAGCAUUCCAGUCCAGUUGGUUGUGAGGUUACUGUGCGUAGUGGAAGGUCUCGAGUAGGGGUGAACCGGUUCGGGUCCGAUUCGGAUCUGGGUCCGGCCGGGCCUCGGUUCAUGAAAGGGGAGGCUCGGAACUGGCCCGGGUCCAGUCCGGGCUAGGCCAGGCCGGGCCUCGAUUCAUGUAAUUUUUUUUGGCUUUUCCUAAUUAACCCCCAACCCUCCCCCCUCACCCCAAACCACCUCAAAUGGCCCAUCAUACCUAGUCCAACCCAAAAACUUAAAAGAAAUUCAAAAAAAAAGAAAAAUAAAUUGGCCCGGAUAGGGCCCGAACCGGCCGGGCCAGUUCACUAUUUAGCCGGGCAUGAAUCGCCUACCUCACCGGGCCGGGUGGCUUGAACCGGGCACCAACCGGUUCACCGGGCCGGUCCGGGCCUGCACAGUAGCGGGCCGGUCCGGUUCUGGGCCGGGCCAACCGACCCGAGUCCACUCCUAGUCUCGAGUUCGAAACCAGCUAGACACAUAAGGGUUUGAAGCUCAAUGGAGUGAGUUUCAGCCCUGAUAGAUUAAUCCAUGCCUCCCCAGCCCCCUCCCCUAGACCUCCCUAGAGUAAAAAAAUGUUCAAUGAACUCCCAC